CUCCUAAGGAAUCUCUCCGGGCGCUUUUCCCAAAUGUAAACAUUUCCUUUGCUCCUGACGCACAUCCUGGCGGCGACAAGUGGCCCAACCAACCCAGCAGCAAAGCUGACCAAUGGACCGGGCCGGGCACAUACCAGCCCCGCGUCGCCACGCCUCCAUACGGCGGCCCACGGCCCGGCUUUCCCGGCGUUCGGUCCACCGAUUUCAUGGCCCCUGAUCACAAGAUUGGAGUGCAGGGCAUGGGUAUGCCCCCCCAUCUCCUGCAACGAGAUGCUGAACCGCCCUUCCCGCUGCAGCAGCAUGCAAGCGUAUCGUCAAGGAUGAUGGGAUUCAUGCAGCAGCCGUCUCUGCGGCCACAAGACGAACCCUAUACCAAGCCAUCUAGCCAUGGUGCUGAUGAGUUCUUCAACCAGUUCCUGCGCGACGCACAGCUGCGCAACGAGGCUCAGCACCACCAUCCGCCCAUGCCCCAGCGAGCCACGCCAUCAAGCAGCAUGCCUUUCCGAGAUCCGGCCAUCAUGGCCGCCAAGAUGAGCAACGGACCCAUGUCGGACCAUCCCGGCCGCAACCGGCCUCUUGGUGGCAACAUGGGCUCGAGCGACGGCAUGAACGGGUCACCCUCAUUUGUGGGAUCGGAGUGGCUCUCGGGUCCCCCCAUGAGCUCCGUUAACAGCAUGCGUGGUGCAGGCGCCCCAGGACUCCCUGCGCCCGGACUGCAACCCAUGGCGCAUCACAAUGCUUUGGAAACUGGCCCCCGAAGCUGGGACCACCAAGGUUUAAUGUCCAGCCCCCUCUCGAAUUUGGGCACCUCGACGACUCCGCUGGCGCCAUCGAGCUUGAUGCGGACCUCGCUGAGCUCUGCCCAUUCAUUAGCUCACCCCCAGAGCGGCGGCUCUCUUUUGAUGCAGACAGCCAUUGGCACAGCGAGCCAGGAGUGGUCCCAACAGGAUCCAUCCGUGAAGCUGCAGACGAUGCAAGCCUUUCGACUUCAGCAUCAGCAGCAGCAGCAGCAGCAGCAGCAGCAGCAGCAUCCCAUGAUGAUAGCUGCUCGGGAAGGCCCGCCCGGGCUUCUGAGUCAGAGCAACCCGAUGAUGGGUCUGGCUCAGGUCGGCACGAGCGGCUCACCAGCCACCCUUGCGAAGGGCGGCCGGAGAGCUGCAAUGAACUAGCCCCGCCUCCCCCUUCCUCCGACAGAACAUCUCUGUCGGAGAAUAAUGUGGGCGAGCCCGAUGAAGAGUGCCGCACCACAGACACAAAAAACCUUG